CAUCAUCGGAGCCCAGUCCCACCUGGCGGUUUGACGGAGGAAGAAGCUUCGCCUUCCGCACCCGCUGCGCCGCUCCGCUUUUCCUUCCGCGUCCCAGAGAAGAACGGAGAGCGGAGCCGUGAGACGGGGAGCAGUGGUAGCCAUGGAUCGCGUGCAGCUCCUCCUCGUCGCCCUCCCUGCGCUGCUCUUCUUCUCAGACCUCUCCCACAUCUUCGCGCCGCCGCCUCCCCACCUCCGCCAUCCCCACCAUCACCCCCCUCACCACCCGCAUCCGCCCCAUCACCCCCACCCACCGCACCACCCCCAUCCACCCCAUCACCCCCACCCGCCGCACCACCAUCACGCAGACCCAGCCGCCGCUGCCAUACAGGAGCCCCAUCUGGAUGGAGCUGGAUUCGGCACCACCGUGGAGCUGCAAUUCUGUGCCUCCUGCUCGUACAAGGGAAAUGCUAUGACGAUGAAACGCAUGCUGGAAACAUCAUUUCCUGGCAUUAAUGUCUUCUUGCAUAAUUAUCCUCCACCCUUCCCCAAACGGAUACUGAGCAAAAUUGUGCCAGUUCUGCAAGUUGGAGCCAUAGCAACAAUAAUGGCUGGUGACCAGAUUUUCCCUAGAUUUGGAAUUGUUCCACCUCCAUGGUUUUACUCGUUGCGUGCCAAUAGAUUUGGAACCAUGGCGACAAUUUGGCUAUUUGGCAAUUUCGCUCAGUCUUUCCUGCAAAGUUCUGGUGCCUUCGAAGUUUACUGCAAUGGAGAUUUGGUUUUCUCAAAAUUAGCUGAACAGAGGUUUCCUAGCGAGUUUGAGCUGCGGGAUCUCAUCGGCAGCAGAUUGCCACGUUCUCCAUUCGGGAAAAGUAUGGGAAACACCUUGUCUUAGACUACUGUCUUGGUAUAUCAUGCUCCGCCCCGAUGUAUCAGUUACUAAGGUAUUUUAUGGUUAGCUCUGUGUGGUUGAGCAUUUCUGUAACUCCACAGCUUACCUGUAAACACUAGUUUCAGAGUAUGUAUGGCUUGUAAAGGUCCUAAAGGAUAACUCCGCAUGAAACAGUGACAGCGUGAUGCUGUUGUACAAACAUCGCACACUAUAUAAUUGUGAUUGCCUGAAACUGCUAUGUGGCGGUCAAAAGUUUGAA